AUGGACAACCAAGGCGUGACUUAUGCGAAAUUCCAUCAUGCUAAGGGCUCAAAAAGACAGCCAGGGCAACCUAAGGACACGAAAAGUUCCAUUUCAGUAACUGAGGAGGAGAUAGCCUAUGCAGAAUUGAAUCUUCAAAAUGCUUCUCGGGACCUUCAAGGGAAUGGCAAGAACUCUCCCUGCAAAGAGAAGCUCAUUGCCGGUAUCUUGGGAAUCCUCUGCCUCGUCUUGAUGUCCACUGUGGUAACAAUAGCUGUUAUUCCCUCUACUCAAGGACGAGCGCAGAACAAAACAUCCCUGGAAACGACAAUCCAGAAAGCAUGUCUCUGUUGUCAUUGUCUGAAAGAGUGGUUUACGUAUUCCAACAAUUGCUAUUAUAUUAGCACCGAGGGAAAAUUAUGGAAGGAGAGUUUGACGUCCUGUGCUUCUAAGAAUUCUAACCUGCUCUACUAUGAUGAUCAAGAGGACAAGUUUUUGUUGAAUUUACUCCGUGCUAGUACAUGGAUUAGAGGCUCCCAGAGAAGCCAUCAUAGUUCAUCUGUGCAGCCAAAAGCCUUAACCCUUUCUUCCGAAGUGUUGUCAGUAUCUUCAGAGAUUGACAAGAAUUGUCAAUAUAUCGAUUUUCGUACAAAAAAAAUUUAUUUUGCACCGUGCUCAUUAAGAAGACGAUAUGUUUGUAAGCACCAGGCAUUUUAGUUACCUCAUUUUGGUAUAAUGCUGUUUCACCAUUGAUAAGGAAUCCAUCACUCAUUACUUCAACAGCCAUACAAUUGUUUUCGUUGCACAUUUUGAAGAUAAUGUUUUUUAGUGUAAUUUUAGAUUCACAACAAAACUAAGAGGAAGUUCCAGAGAAUCCUCUAUUGCCCCUGUCUGCACACAUGCAUGGGGUCUUCCAUUAUCGCCAUCAUUCACUAGAACGUUUCAUUUUUUAUCAAGGAUGAAUCCGUAUCAAUGCAUAUAUAUCACCCAAAGUCCAACGUGUACCUGAGGCUUCAUUCUUUGUGGUAUAGAACUGU